AUGCACCCUCAUUAUGUAUUUAACAACGUAGUUAAAGGCCAGUCUAUGAGGGUAUUUAGAUUGAACCCCACUGAAGCAGGAUAUGAACAAGAACUAAUGGACCUUAGAACGAGGUUUAUGGAGAGAAAAUAUAAUCCAACAGAGGUUAACAGAAUUUUUAGAGAGACUAAUUCAUUAAGAACAUCUAGAGCACACCCUUAUUUCUCAAAUGGAUACAAUGCUGAGUGUACCGUACAAGACAGUAGAGUACAUUUACUGAAAGUCCCGCUAUUCACCUCAGACAUUAGUGUGAUUAAAGAAGUGAUUUUGAAACAUUGGGGUACACUAUUAUUAGAUGAGAAUAUUAGAGAAAUCGUGGGAGAUACUCCCAGAUUCUUAUUCAAGAAUAAAAGAAAUUUGAAACGGAUGCUAUGUUAUCAGUCAUGCACCAAUACAGAACCAGAUAAUACGCAAAUAGAUAAUCACACUAAACCAUGUAAUAGAUGUAACCAAUACGAAUAUAUUGACACAAGAAGAAACUUCAUACAUCCAUUUACAAAACAAGAGUUUAUAAUUAAUGUGCCAGCAGAUUGUCAGACUGAACAUGUUGUCUACCUGGCUAGGUGCACAGCCUGUGAAGCAUUCUACAUAGGCAAAACUAAUAGGAAAUUACGUGAGAGAAUUAGAGAACAUGCCUUCGAUGUGCGCAUAGGAUCUGAGAGUAGUGCAUUAACAAAACAUAAUAUCAAAUCAGGUCCUACACAUAAGUUUAAGUUUACUGUCUUACAGAAGAUUAACCCCAGUAUACGUGGUGGGGACUUAGAAAGCUAUACAGAGGAGUGUGAGCUAAGUGUUACAGGGAGUUUGGUGUGUUCUCCUUGCCGGCCUGGAUCACAUGCGAAUGAAACUGGAUCUCGUGCUUGUAGUCCAUGUGCAGCAGGCUAUAAUGCUUCUUAUGAGGGUGCCUUGUCAUGUGAACCUUGCCCUCAGGGGUCAUUUUCCAAGCUAUAAUGCUUCUUCUGAGGGUGCCUUGUCAUGUGAACCAUGCCCUCAAGGAACAUUUUCCAAUGUUACAGGAAGUUUGGUGUGUUCUGCUUGCCAACCUGGAUCACAUGCGAAUGAAACUGGAUCUCGUGCUUGUAGUCCAUGUGCAGCAGGUUUUAGUGUGCCUCAUCAAGGUGCAGCAUUAUGUGAACCUUGCCAUCCUGGCUCAUUCUCCCCACACAGUGGUGCCACGUCUUGUGACUUCUGUCCAAAGGGAUUAUUCUCCAAUCAUAUUGGGAGUUCUACAUGCCUCCCCUGCAAACCUGGGUCAUUCUCAGACGAAACUGGGUCCAUAGCCUGCAAACAGUGUGCAGCAGGUUUUUUUGCCUCUGAGCAAGGUGCCUCAUCCUGUGAACCCUGCCUUCCUGGAUUUUUCUGCAGUACAUAUAGCUGCAUCUAUUGUACACCUUGCCCUUCUGGAGCAGAAGCAGUCCGUCAAGCAUCUACAUAUUGUGAACUCUGUCACCGAGGUUCAUACAAAGGUCUGAAUGACAGUGCAUGCAGGAAUUGUAAUGCUGGAGAUUACCAAACAUGGAGAGGACAAGAUAAUUGUAUAAAGUGCCCUCAGGAGUACUACUGUCCUAGUCCAGACGUUAGCCCUGUUUUAUGUCCAGAAGAUGCAUUUUGCCCACCAGGAAGUACUGCUCCACAAUAUUGCAUGGAAACAUUCUUCCACAAAUCCGGAAACAAAUGUGUUGUUUCUCCACUAACUGUUGUACUGCUGGUAACAUUUGCGGCUUUGAUAAUUCUUGUAAUAGUAUGCCUUGUCCAGAAAAGAAGGCAGAACUACACUCCAAGAGAAGUGACUUCUCAGUCUCAACUGAUUCCUAGAAGCAGAACACCAGACAGGCAAUAUGGAAGUACUUGGCAUGCAGAACCAGUGUAUGCUGGCUGGUAGCAGCUUGUCGUUGACUUUUUUCUGAACUCAAGAAGUUGCGGAGUGCAGUGAUCACAGACAGCAUGCCUUUCUCAUCCUCCCAGUCAGGGUGCAUCUACCGAUUCACUACACUGACCUGAAAGCUAAUGCAUUUCAUUGUAUUAUAAUAAUGUCUCGAGUGUUUACAGAUGUACGUUUUGUCUUCCUUAAAAUUUACUGUGCCUUUUAAUUUACAGUUGGAUGUGCACAACUGCUGUACUUGAAAAUGUGUGAGAACAUGGUUCAUUGAGGAUAAAAACAAUUACUAUUUAAAAAAACAGGUUAGAUUCUUGGUGAAAAUGUCCUAGUAGAGAGAAGGCUAGAGAACGUUAACAGGAUUAAAUGACCACUUUUCUGCAAAUGUGUUUUCAUUGGAAGAGUUACAGUGAUAAUUUUAUUUGAAUUGGCUGAAGUUAACCAGUUAAACCAGUAUUCUUAAUGUGUUUACUAACUGCUUGUAUUUACGGAGGAUGUUUACUAAAUUCUUGUAUUGACUGAAGACUCUCAACAUUAGGAAUAGUUGCUAGUCCUGUUUAUUUUCUAGGUAUGUGUAUACCAGAAGGUUUAAGGGGUGCAGAAUUGUUAGCAAAUGUUUAGUUUUAUUUGCCAUAUGUACAGUAAACUCACAGCAGAGUGGAGAAGCUUGACUAUAUUAAUUUUAGUUUCCAGAAAUAUAUUUACAAACUCAGUGUUUGCAAAAUAUUGGUUGUACCAUUUCAGAAAACUUUUAAACAGUUCCUGAAGCAGGAAAGAGUAAUAUAGUUCGGGCUUAAAUCUGUCCCCCAGAUUAUCUCCAAAGAGCAGCUGUAAUGCUACUUAAUAUUUAAUUUAAAUGCUUCUUUUAAAAUGCCACUGUGUUCCUGCUUCACCAAGUAAUGCAGUUUUUCAUAGUAACUGCAUGUUUUGAAGGUGUGUAAAAGGAGAUCAGAUCAAUCCGAAUCUGUUCUCAAAUCAUCCUUCAAGAGUAAUGUUAAACUGAGUUCAGUAUUUGAUGGGAGCUCUAGUUUGUUUUUAGGAGGGUUUCAUAAUGUUUUAGUUAUCAUGGCACUUUAUAGAACUUGUUUUGGGAUUGUUUGUUACGUCCUUUUGUUUAAGAAAUGAUGCAUUGACCAGUUAGUUGUCCUAGGCAAUCACUGCCAGCGUUUAUUUUGCCUGUCAAAUACCUCAUUAAAACUUGAUGUACAUAGUUUGAGCUACUGUGCCUGACAAGACAGUGGAAGGCACAUUAUGGUUGUUAGAACAGUUGCAGACUUUUUCUGUAUGUUUCAGUACACAUUGAGCAGAUCCUCAUACACUACUUUGUGCAGAACAUUAGAUGCUAUUAAGGUUUUGAGAUUUAUACACAGGAGUGAAUUGGGUAUGUUAGGGUCAGAGAAGCGUUAUUCUUCCAUUUCAGAUGGAUACAGGCUUUGGUGAUCUGUGGUGUUCAUUUAUAAGACAUAAUUGUUUUUUUUUUAAACUAAGAAUUUCUGUCUGAAAUAGGCUAUUGCAUAUGAGCCUCCAUUAGAAGUAAAAUAAUGUAUUUGAAUGGCCUUUAUCUGUAAUUGAUUAGUGCUAAUAGGAUAAUGAUAAUGUGAUUAUAUGUCUACUGUUUAUAAAUUGUGAGGUAGUGUCUCAAUUCUGUGAUGCAUACUGCUCAUAUAAAAUGAAAAGAAAAUACAUAUGACAGAAAUUAGUCGGCUAAAGCAGUCUGACCUAUGAUAGUAUCUGAUGUGUUACAUCAUGGCUGCAAAUAACAUUAUCAGGGUACGUCAUCACAUAUGGUUUUGAAUGACGACAGUCUGAGUAGUGCAUUCCCACUAUUAGAUUCUGUAAGUUGCACACUUGACUUUACAUGUAGAUGGCCACAGGCUAGGGAUUAUUAGCUGUGUGCAGGAAACUGUGGGGAGAUCUAAUGAAUACUAAUAUUGUACUUCAGGAUGUGUUUAGAUUCAUUGGCAAUGCAGUGCGUCUAAAUGCAUAACAGUGACUUAUGCUGCUGUUGUGACAGAGGAAUGUUCCUGUCCAUUUCCUUGUCCAUGUGGAUGCAGAAAAUUAAACCUUCACUACUGUUGGAAAUGCACCUUUAAUUAAAAGUCACAGUCCAACUCCUAGACAAUCUUGAAGGUAAGUGUGUGACUCUCAUAUCUAUAUGCGGUCAGUCAGGAAUGAGUCCCAUGUCUAGUAAUGGAAAUACUUCCAUUCAUUUAUUCUCAGUUGUGGUUAGCCAUACUGAGAGCAAAAAGUGCAAGUCACCAUCUCAUGCCCACAUAACAUAUUUGACUCCCUUGCUACAAAAAACGAACCCCCUUGGAGGUCAGCUAGUUGUUUUUAAAAAUAACUAGUCAGUGUGAUGUGUUAAAAUAUAACAAAUACAGUACUGGAUGAGUAGUUCAGUGUUUAUAUUAUUUGGCAUUUGAGGGGUGGGUUAAUGCAGUUUGAAUGUUUUGAUUUCAGAUGAUACAUUAAACUAAGACCUCCUCUUUGUGUUCUGUUUUAUUCAUUUAAACUUUAGGGGACCAAGGUCUACUAAGCAAAUACUGCCUGUUUUCAUUCACAGGUUAGGAUGGCUUAGUCUAGUGAAGCAACCAACUCAAAAUUGCAGAGCAUUCUAAGGGGACUCUUUGGAUAAUAAGUCAGGGUCUGCCAAAUUUGACAAGAUGAUUUUCUUUGUAUUACUGUGGCAUGUAGGCCAUACUUGAAGACUGGGCAGAUUAACAUUAAGGAUUCCCUGGUGUUUCUAAAAGGAAGUAUGAAAAUAUACCCAUAUCUGGUAUACAUAAUAUGAUCAAAACGUACACGGAUUCUGUAACUUGGCAUGUCUGGUAUACAUAAUAAGAUCAAAACGUACACGGAUUCUGUAACUUGGCAUGUCUGGUAUACAUAUAAUCAAAACGUACACGGAUUCUGUAACUUGGUCACUUGAGUUUCAUUCACGUCUCCUUCCUUUGCAGGAUGAACCUGAAAAGGUGUUGCUGUCUAGGUAUUUUUUCCUUGGUUUUGAGAAGUGAAAUAUGUAAAUACACAUAUUGAGUGGUUGGAAUUAUUCCAUUUUGAUUAAAUAGCACAUGAGACUUCCAUG